AUGGGUAGUAAUAACGCGGGGCUUGCUGUGAAGGCUGCAAGGCUCAGCUUGGUAGUUAACUGGUCGGGUCAAGGAUUGCAAAAACUGGGUCCAGCCUUACCCUGCGAUGCUGAUACUCACACUCUGAUUCUGGACAAAAACCAAAUAAUUAAAUUGGAACACCUGGAAAAAUGCAGGAACCUGAUGCAGCUGUCUGUAGCCAACAAUCGUUUGGUACGAAUGAUGGGUGUAGCAAAACUGACUAAGCUCCGGGUGCUAAAUUUGCCUCAUAACAGUAUUGGAUAUGUGGAGGGGCUAAAGGAUCUGGUGCACCUGGAGUGGCUGAACUUGGCCGGAAAUAACCUGAAGGCUAUUGAACAAAUCAAUUCCUGUCUGUCCCUUCAGCAUCUUGAUUUGUCAGACAACAACAUAUCUCAAUUAGGAGAUCUCUCCAAGCUUAUGUCUCUAAAGACUCUCUUGCUACAUGGAAAUAUUAUAACCUCACUUCGUACUGCCCCUGUUUGCCUACCUCAGAAUCUGACUGUUUUUUCUUUGGCAGAAAAUGAAAUCAGAGACUUAAAUGAGGUUUCUUUCCUGGCUUCUCUUUCUCAUUUGGAACAGUUAUCAAUUAUGAACAAUCCUUGUGUGAUGGCCACACCUUCUAUCCCUGGCUUUGACUACAGGCCAUAUAUUGUCAGCUGGUGUCUGAACCUUAGAGUUCUUGAUGGAUAUGUGAUUUCUCAGAAGGAAAGUUUGAAGGCAGAAUGGCUUUACAGUCAAGGUAAAGGAAGAUCAUAUCGACCUGGACAGCAUGUUCAGUUAGUCCAGUACUUGGCUACUGUUUGUCCUCUUAUAUCUGCAUAUGGUCUCCAGACUGAAGAGGAUGCCAAACUGGAAAAAAUAUUGAGUAAGCAAAGGCUGCACCAGAGGCAGUUGAUGCAUCAAAGCCAAAAUGAAGGACCACCUCCAUCUUCCACUCCCAGCAAAGCACUGCCAGUUACUUAUGAACACAGCAGUCCAGCUCAGACGCCACAGAUAGUUCUUGAAAGUGAACCUGUCAUCCAGAAGAAUUCUUGGGUUGGACCAAGUGCAAACGAUGAUCAUUCCUAUGCAGUAAAGAAUACUUUUCCUCUGGAAAGAGGUCGUUGCAAGGAGCUAUACCUUGAAGAUAUACAGACUGAUGAGGACAAGCUAAACAGCAGCCUUCUAUCCUCGGAGUCUACUUUUAUGCCUGUUGCUUCAGGACUGUCUCCGGUGUCUCCUACGAGAGACCUGAGGCUACGUGGAAUCAGUUUGGACCUAGAAGAAGAUGAUAAUACAGUGAUUGAACCUGUGAAAGAUGUUAAUAGGGAAGAACAAACUAACAAGCAAGAAGAAGCUUCUUGGGUUACACGAGAGCACUCCAGCAAAGCCGUGGAAAGUGUGGAAACUCAAGAGACUAUUAAAGAGAGUAGGUUGUUGCCAUCUCCUGUUCCAGUAACAGCUAACCCGACCGCUAAUAGUAGCAACAGUUCAGCAUCCUCUGAAGAUUACGUUUUGCGUAGCCACCCCAGCACAUCACUAGGUGCUGAGUCCGUAGUUACAACUCUUUGCGCUAACCAGAUGGCAGGAGAAAAUUCUGAUUUGUUAGCUGCUGUUAAUCAAGGUGCAGCUGAACUGCAAAGAAUGACUAAAGCAGCUACAAAGCUUCAAGCCUGCUGGAGAGGGUUCUAUACGAGGAACUACCAUCCCCGAGCCAAGGAAGUGCGGUAUGAAAUUCGACUAGGCAGAAUGCAGGCGCACAUCAUUUGCUUAACUGAUGAAAUACAAAAGCUAAGAAAAGAAAGAGAGGAAGAUAAGAUUCAAAGACUUGUACAGGAGGAGGCAGUCAGAUUUCUUUGGAACCAGGUGAAAUCCCUUCGACAGUGGCAGCUUUCAGUGACCCAAAAUUUAGGUACUACUUGGCAACCUGGGGUCCCUUCAGCCAAUACUUUUUGUCCCUCUGAACCAGCUAUUCGAUCAUCCACGCUUCAGCAAGAAACCUCACCAGAUGUUAGUUCUGCUUGGUUAAUCCCAGCUAGUGAUGCUCUUCCAGAAAAAUCUUCACUGCAGUUCCCAGAUUCUGGUUUUCAUUCAUCCGUGGCUGAUCAGACUCAUGCCAGUGACUUGUGUAGCUCUGCAAAGAGUUUUACAGAAGGAGAUGAAAGCUUUCUUUCUAUGGAGACAGUCAAACAGUGUGGCAACUCUGUUUCAGAGUAUCCUUCCGAUGUUGAGGAUGGCCAGGGAAAACAUGGGGAAAGUAAAGAGAGCUCUAAUAGCGAACAGGACAACAGUCUUCUACAACAGUAUUUGAAAUCUGUUCAGCAACUGGAAGAGGCUGAUGAUGGGACCAACUGUGAUGAUGGAACAGAGGGUAGUGACCCACAAAUUGCUAUUUCAGCAGAAAAGCAAGAUUUUUUGUCUGAUAUUGUCUCUCUAGAUGUCCCUCAAGGUACAUCUUCCCCUGAACAAGGUGAAAUCAGUCAGACGCCAGAAAGCUGCAAACUGAAUUCAGGAAUGGUAGAAGGGAAGCAAACAGACUGUGAUUCUUCAUUUCAGAUGCUGCAUGUUGGCAUAGCUGUAUAGUAAACUCAGUUCCAUGAAGGACAAGGGAUUCCAUUUCACUUUUUUUUUUUUCUUUUCCCCAUUUAUACAACACUUGCAUUUUUCGUGUGUGCUGUUUUAGAUUUUAGACUUUAGUUACCAAUGUAUGUUUUAGUUACCAUUUUACUAAUCUUACUGAAGACUGACACUAACUAUGCUAACCUCAAAUCAGCAAAGUUCUUAGUGGGGGUCAUGAUGCACUUUAUUUUUGCAUAUCUAAAUGAUAUCCUAAUAACUGGGUUCCAUGAAAUAAAUUCUGAAGAUCGUGGGGAUAUUUGCUGUAAACUCAGUUUAGUGACUGUGUUAGUGAAUCUUUGAAAUUUUUUCUAAAAAGCAGGCUUGAGUUCUUACUCUGCGAAAAGAAGGAACCAAUAUGGGAAGACACUGAGCUAAUAUAGACAGUGUGUGCAUGUAUGGAUACAACCUGAGGAAAAGGGUGAAAGCACUUGCCUUUUAGACUUUUUACUGACUUAAACAAGAGUAAUUUUGUCAGUAUUUCAGAGACGGGUUUCUUCAAGGUGGUGUUCCAAAUCAGUGACUUUUUUGUCCUUUAGCUGAAGUUGCUGGCAAGGAAUUAGGUUAGUUACAGAGGCACUGAAACAGGGACUUAAAGGAGUCAAACCCUAAGGAAUUUCAAACAAAUUUUGGCCUUUGUUUCCCCUCGGGUGUAAUUUCCAUGUUCUUUCUCAGGUAAGACUCAAAGUGGAACCAGUAGCAGGCUUUUUUAAAUAAGAAUUUCAAAAGGCCAUGUGAGCUGGGAACGUAGUUUUCAAGACUGCACUGCUGGGUUACGGUAGCAAACUUGGUGUGGUGACACGUGUUUGGCCUCCAGGAGGAUGGCACUGUCAUCUUGGGACUGGGAUCUGCAUGACUUCUAAGACAUCAGUUUGUUUGAUGUAUCACAACUCCAUCUAUCAAGUAUAAACAUUAAAAGGAAAUUUCAUGAGUUAAAACUAUUUCUUGCCCUCUCUGGUUUUUUUUUUGUUGUUGUUUUUCUCCUUACGUUCACUGUUUGACAUUCUAAUUAGAUAUAGAUAAAAAGCUGUGUUUCUUGUCUGUUGGUGAAUGCGCUAAGUUAACUAGGCUAUGCUUUCCACUUAAACCUUGGGCAAGUAAUAGCAUCUGUAUUUUGCCUAGCCAUUGCUAUAUUUUUUUAAAUUAAAAGUGAUCAGUUAUCUUAGUAUACCACAAAAGCGGCAAGGGAAAUCUGCUUUGCCAUAUAAUUGGCAAUGGACGUUAGUAAAAUAAAAAUUAACUAACUGACCCGUAGAAGUCACAACCUGAAGUUUGCUAAUAUUGCACUUUGCAAUGUGAAAGACCAGUGCCUCAACAGUUUGCUUGUGUUCGUUCCUCUGAGGUCAAUAGCGUCAGUCAUACAAAUGCAGCUAUGAAGGAUCAUAUGCUAACUCUCUGAAUCCACAGACUUUAACUUUUGGUGCUACUGUGUCAUUGAAAUCAACUAGUGCUUUUUUAAAGCAACUCUUUUGACCAUGUUACCAUAUAAAAUUGUUUAAUUUUUGUAAAAGCCUUGGUUACCUGUCUGUUUUAGGUUCCGAGCUGAAAUUCACCCUUAAUCAAGAGUCUGACUUGAGGCCAAUGUACUGAGUCCUCAGAGCAGCCUUUACUGAGAACAUAAGUGGCAUAUUGGACUUGUACCAACUAUCUGCCCAGUGGUGAAGUUCACCUUGAAAGAAUAAAGCUUACCUUUGUGGAUACAGUAGCCAUCCUCUUUUUUUUUUCUGAAAGUUCAAGGAGAUUAACUUCUUAGGAGAGUUGUUACUACAGUCAGGCUGGCACUUGACCGUGGUUAGCACAGAUGAGAGCAUUUAAAAAAAUACCGAGGUGGUAGAUCUUUAAUGUGCUGUCUUUCUAACCCAGACUAGUUUACAGCGUAUUUAUGGCAUAACAGUAUUCAUAAUUAGAUCUUAGGGCAUGGUUGUGCAGUGCCGUGUAGAUACCCAAAUAAGCUUGGGUAUUGGAAGUGGUAUAGUUGCAUUAAGGAAUCGCAACUAUACCUAAUUAGCUGUGCAGAGAAGUAUGUAGGCUACGUGGACAUGCCCUUGUCCCCUGAAGGAGAUCAAAGUUCUCAACUUUAAUUAAAAUUUGUUACUGUUGGAGAUCUCUGCAGUUUACAGGAUUUGGCUCUUUGACUAUCAAUCUGUUACAAUAAUCUCAUGUAACGUCUUAAAGAGCCUUUCUUUGGUUUAUUGAGAGAGAAAUUAUUUCUGUCUGUGAAUCCGUUGUUGGAACCGACUCUAGAGGCAGUUGUCCGGGUAGAAGGAACAAUGAGUUCUCUCUUUAGUGGCAGAGUGCUGGAUUAGCCUGUGUAAGACCAGGAAAAGCUAGACUGCUGUUUGGAUGAAAAUAUCACUUACUGAAGACACUGAGGCACUACAAAUAUUUUGUUAUUUUGCAUUAGUGCCUCUUUUGCUGCAGAAUUAGAAAGCGGAGAAACAAUUUCAAUUUUGGAGGUGUCAAAGGGUGAUAAUUUGAUAAAAGUAAUUUUUCUUGGAAGCUUGAGUUGUUUCUUGGCAUUUUCUCUAUUCAUAGCGUUUACAAACAAAUACAUGAAGACUUAUUUCAAAUAAUGCCUAGAUCAGCUGUUGGCUUUUCUAACUUGUAGCCUGUAUAUCCAAAAUUGAUUUUGUGAAGAUAUAGGAAAAAAAAGUGUGCCAAUGUAUACUCAGCUUUAUCUUACCACUUCUUGGGAAGGUUUGAAAUAUGAAAGAUCAUUUUCUGAUGUUGUGAAAUUUAUCUUGCAUGUGUAGAAGGUCAGUUGCCUAAAUAUAGCAUAUAGAAAUCAUAUAGAAAGGUGAAGUUUUGGAUUAUUUUCUUCAGGGUUAGAAGUAAUUAGUUUGUACAUACACAAAAAAUAU